CAAUGGAGGUCGCCGCGUGUUGCGUCGCCAGAAGUUUGAUGGGAGUUGUAGUUGAAGAGGCUCUGAGAGGUCUGGCGGGGUUCGGGGACGCCUAAGACAGUGACGUUCCGCGGGAAAGUCUCUCUCGGCGGGAUGGAGCCUAGUUGGGGAGCCUUUGGGAGGAAAGAGGGGGAGACUUGAUCAGAGGGCUUCGGGAAGCCACUUUGGCUCUGGGGCCAGGCUGGUUUGGGCAUUCUGGAAGCUGCAGUUAAGAAGCCCCCAACUUCCCAAACUCUGAGAAGAAGCCGUUCCCCUUUUUGUGUUCUUUGGGGCUUAUUUUCAGGUUUCCAAUGAGCGCUUAAUGGACGAUGUCAGCUGGACUUACAGAAGAACAGAAAAGAAAGAUAGAGGAGAACCGUCAGAAGGCUUUGGCAAGAAGGGCAGAACGACUGGCAGCUCAGCAGGGCAGCGUUGCUAAGAAGCAGACAGACCUGCAGAGUUUCCAUAGCUGUCAAAGAAACCUGCAGCAGCCUUUGAAGAAGGAAAACCAUCAUGCCAGCCCCAGCAGCCAUCAUCUCCAGGUCUCCAGCAACCAUGUUGUGCAGAAGGAUCCUCAAAUGCCACACAGUCACAUUUUGCACGGACCCUGUGAGGUGGAUUCAUCACAGUGUUCCAGCAGACAGUUGGUCCACAUGAAACAGCCUUCCCAAGUGGUGCAAAACUCUCUGAGUCACCCUCCUUGGCACUCACCUAAUCUGAGAGCACAAGAACAAGGUCAACCAAUCCAAUUUAAUGCUCGCUCGUUGCAGUCUAAAUUUUGCCCAGUGGUCCAAUAUCCAUCCAGACAAGAUGUUAAUUGGAACCCUCACAAUAUUAAAACCUUACAAACUCAGGGCAAAUCAAUCAGUGGCCAUGCUGAUGUUAAACAUAUGGCACCACGAGCCACCAGCAACACAGCUUUGGAUGACUGUGAAAUGCUGGCAAUUGCCACAAACCUAACCUCUGAACUCUGUGCCAAAAAAGAAGGUAGUAACACAUUGCAGUUUUACGGUACAAAAAAUACUUCUGUUCCUAUAAAAGCGGGAAAAGAACCCAAAUUGCUUGUUUCUGGAGGUACAAGUAACCCAUCUGAAAUUCCUGUUCAAAUCAAAAAACACAGUGCCCUUAGAGGGAAGUGUGUGAAGCACUCUGAAGACCGAUUCCGGGUUGAGAUAGGAUACAAUAAGGAACUCAUUGAAAUGUUCCGAAGUCUACCCAGUAAAAAUUAUGAUCCUAUAACAAAAAUGUGGAAUUUCAGUCUUGAAGACUACAGCCCUCUCAUGGAAGAAGUAGAGCAACUUCCUUCUGUGACUUUGACUCCUCUGGCAGGAAUUGAGGCUCCCACUGGGUCUACUAAACCGUCUUCUGUUGGUAAAACGUUUUGCUUGAGAUCCGUCUUGCAGACAUGCAUUGGCUGGCAGAAACUAUCAGCAACCUUGAGAGGAAAAUGUGUCCUGAUCUCAUACUCUCGGUUUGAAGUAGAUAUUGGAUAUUCUGCCGAUAUUAUAGGGAUAUUCAAGCAGUUGAACUCUAGGAAUUAUGAUAUGAAGACCAGAAAAUGGAGUUUCCUGCUAGAAGACUACCUAGAACUAAUUCAAAUGGUAAAGUUCCUUCCAGAAGUGGAGUUGGAGCCCCUGCCUAAGCCUGUAGUACAAGUUUUUGCCUCUCAGUUUGGGAAGUCUGUCUUGAAAGCUGCAGAUGUCCCUGAAGCAGACCUUUCAGAAGUAGAGCCUCAUGUUGUGAAUAGCCUCAUGCCAUUUCAGAGAGAAGGUGUGAAUUUUGCUAUCUCCAGAGAUGGGCGUUUGCUCCUUGCUGAUGACAUGGGUUUAGGGAAAACAAUCCAGGCAAUCUGCAUUGCUGCCUAUUACCAAAAAGAGUGGCCUCUGUUGGUAAUAGCACCUUCCUCUGUGAGAUAUACGUGGGCAGAGGCUUUCCACAGGUGGCUUCCUUCCUUGAGUGCAGAUACCAUCAGUGUCAUAGCAACGGGCAAGGACUGCCUGAUGGCAAGAUUAAUAAACAUCGUCAGUUUUGACCUUCUAAGCAAGAUGGAGAAGCAGCUCAAAACCACCUUCCAGGUUGUGAUUGUUGAUGAAUCACAUUUCUUGAAGAAUGGGAAGACAGCGAGAUGCAGGGCUGCAAUGCCUCUCUUGAAAGCUGCCAAACGUGUGAUCUUGCUCUCAGGCACCCCUGCCAUGUCACGCCCCGCUGAGCUGUAUACACAGAUGGCAGCUGUCAGGCCAUCCUCCUUCUCUCAGUUCCAUGCCUUUGGGCUCCGCUACUGCGAUGCUAAGCAGCGACCUUGGGGAUGGGAUUAUUCUGGAUCUUCCAAUCUUGGAGAGCUGAAACUUCUUCUGGAAGAAUCUAUCAUGAUUCGCCGCCUGAAGUCCAACGUGCUUUCCCAACUCCCUGCAAAGCAGCGCAAAAUGGUCGUGGUGGCUCCUGAGGGCAUCAAUGCCAGGACAAAGGCUGAGCUGGCAGCAGCCGCAAAGGAAAUGGCAAAGGGUUACAAAAGUAAACAAGAAGAGAAAGAAGCUCUUCUUCUGUUUUACAACAGGACUGCGGAAGCCAAAAUCCACUGUAUUAUAGAAUAUAUUCUAGACUUACUGGAAAGUGGAAAAGAAAAAUUCCUGGUAUUUGCUCACCACAAGCUGGUUUUGGACGCGAUUACUGAGGCAUUGGCGAAAAAGCACAUUGGAUACAUUCGUAUUGAUGGCUCCACACCCUCAGCUGAGCGCCAGUCCCUCUGCCAGGAAUUCCAGUUGUCUGAAAAACUCUCUGUGGCUGUUCUUUCCUUAACAGCUGCAAACAUGGGGCUUACUCUCUCGUCUGCUGAUUUGGUUGUGUUUGCAGAACUAUUCUGGAAUCCUGGGGUUUUGAUUCAAGCAGAAGAUCGGGCACACCGAAUUGGGCAAACUAGUUCUGUGAACAUCCACUAUUUAGUAGCAAAAGGCACAGCUGAUGACUAUUUAUGGCCCAUGAUCCAAGAGAAGAUCAGAGUUUUAGGUGAAGCUGGCCUUUCUGAAGCUAAGUUCUCUGAAACAUCUGAAGCCAAAGAUUACUACUUUUACAAGCAGGACCCAAAGCAGCAGACCAUCCUGAAACUUUUCCAGAAGACCUUUUCAGAGGACUCAGGUGACUUGGAUGAAACUCUGCUUGUGGAAGCAGUAGAUGCAUGUGAAGGUGCAGGACAGGCAGCAGCAUCAACUGAAACAAACUUAUUUCCAGGAAGCCCAUGCAAGAAACGGCGUAUUGAUGAAUUUUUUUGCAGACAGUAACACCACAGAAAAUUAUGCUUACUUUUUAUUGUGUGAGAUAUUAUUUAAUGGAUGAAAUCAAUAAACAUUGGCUCAAUAAACUUA